AUGGCACCUCCAGUCCUCAGCAAGGCAUCGCCCAUAAUUAUUGUGGGCGCAGGCGUUUUUGGAUUGAGCACGGCAAUUCAUCUGGCUCGGCGUGGGUAUAAGGAUGUCACAAUUUUGGACCAACAGCCUUACGAGGUGUCUCGGUAUUCCUACGAUGCCGGGUGCGACGCUGCCUCUGCAGAUUACAACAAAGUGAUGAGAGCAGCCUAUGGAUCACUCAAGGCAUAUCAAGAUAUGGGCCUUGAUGCCAUUGCAGAGUGGCAUCUAUGGAAUUCCGAAAUCAAAGCAGGUCAAUCCCUUCCGCCCGGCUUUACACAAGAUGACGUUGUCUUCGUCAACAAUGGUAGCCUUGAGUUGAACUCAAAGGAAGUCCUCACGCAACAUCAGCGUGAUUCGAUCACUAACAUGUCUAAAGCCGGUGUCGGCAAUACCCAAGUAGUCUUGACCAACCCUAAAGAUGUUGCUCGAGCUGUCCAAGAAGGGUUUGGUUUCGCAAUCAAUCCAUUUGGGCGACCGCCAGAAGAGAACUAUGGAUUGCUAGACACAAUGGCAGGUUUUGUCUACGCCGAUAAAGCAUGUCUCUUUGCACUUCACAAAGCCAAAACGCUUGGCGUCAAAACAAUACUGGGCGGCACUCCUGGCACGUUUAAACAGUUUCUACGUGACUCAACAUCCAGAGUCACCGGUGUCAGGACUGCGAACAACGAUUGCCGACCAGCAGAUCUCGUCAUCAUGGCGUGUGGUGGUUGGACCCCGUCCCUCGUUCCCCAGAUGGACAACUUGUGUGAGACCACAGCGGGGAGUGUCAGCAUCUUCCAAGUGUCUACUGGCUCCCCACUUUGGCAUCGCUUCGCUCCAGAUAACUUCCCUACAUGGGCAUAUGACCUCAAGACUGGUCGGCAGGGCGGACUUUACGGAUUUCCCCGCGAUCCUAAUGGAGCCGUCAAGAUCGGUUAUCGUGGUACAAAGUUCACAAAUCCUCAACUCCAGCCGGAUGGAGUUUUGAGAAGUGUUCCAAUCACUAGAUGGACUAAGAACUCGAUUCGUCAAAUACCACAAAUUGGCGCCGAUGUCAUCAGCCGAUUUGUACAAACAUUCCUUCCCGAGCUGAUUCCAUGUGAGGUCAAGACGAGGCUAUGCUGGUACACGGAUUCUUUUGACAACCAUUUCGUUGUGGAUUUCAUUCCCGAACUGGACGGCGUGAUGAUUGCCUCCGGUGGAAGCGGUCAUGGGUUCCAUUUUCUGCCAAUUUUAGGAAAUCAUGUUGUAGACCGCAUCGAGGGAAAAUCGGAGGGUUUGCUCGAGACGUGGGCAUGGCGAAAACGAAGAGCAGAGCAGACUCCCAUCAACAGCAUCAUGGAAGGGCUUGGGAGCGAGAGGGCAUUGCAAACUCAAGCAUUAACAAGAGAGGACAGCCUCCAAGCGCAAUAUAACAGAUUAUAG